AUGAAGCACGUUAGUCCUAGCCGUUUAAAAUUAAGUGAAAAAAGAAUUGAGCAUAUAGGAGAUGAUGCAUCUAUAUAAGAUAAACAAAUUAGAUUUGAUUUCACCAACCUACAAAAUAUAAACAAUACAGAAAGAAAGUUUGGGUCGAUUGAAAACUUGAAUCUUCAAAUUGAUGAUGAUAAAGCAGAAUUUGAUACUGUUAAAACAGAUUUUGACAAAUAAAAAUAGACUUAAUACUAGAAUGAUUAUGUUUUGGGCUUAAAUACAACUGAAGAGUAAAAAAUGACUAAUGAGCAAUUAGAAAUUGAUAAAAAGAAAAGGGAUCUCAAUAGGUAUAUAAUAAAUCCAGAAACUUUGAAGUUAAAGAUAGCAUAAGAUCAAAAUUAUCAAUAAAUAUUUGAGCCAGUAAAUCUAAAUGAAAUUUAUAAACUUGAGGGAAAUGAAAACAAAGAUGAUUAAUCAUGCGAAAGUUUGGAAAGGGGUUUCUAGAUCAUUUUAAGAAAAAUUACCUAAAAGAUUCCAAUCAAAAUUAGGAUAAAACUGAAGUUCAAGCAAUUUAAGAUCCUUAAAAAUCUUAGGAUUUUGCAGAACAUAUUAAAAACAAAGGUUUGCCAGAACUUUUUGGAAAAAAUAAGCUCAAUAAUACAGAGGCCAAAGAAAAAUAAAAAACUGGCCAGGAAUAAAGAGAAUUAUAGACAGAAAAAUAACCUAAAGGAUGUAUUAUAAGCCCUGAUUCAGCAUUCAUGCUAUGCUGGAAUAUAGCUUAGAUCUAAAAUGGACUAUCAUUAAUGGAGUUGUCGAUUUCGUAUUUCUUGUAGAUAUUAUUAUCUUUUGACUAUCAUACCCUUCGACUAUAUUCUUGAAUCAGAGAGUUACAAUAGGCUAGGAAGAAUAUUAAGACUUGGGAAAUUUUAUAGGAUGGUUAAACUAAUAAGACUACUCAGAAUUGGAAAAGUAGUAAAAUAUGAAUCUCUCUUUUAGUAGUUUGUUCAUAGGUUGUUUCAAUUAACUAUUGGUUAUGAGAGGCUACUAUUUUUGCUAAUCAUGUUUUUGACUCUUUGCCAUAUUGCAACAUGUCUCUAGAUAUUCAUUGCAAAAUUGGAAGAAAAUUAAAAAUAGUCUUGGAUUUUUAAAAGCAAUUUUGAAGAUUUUGGAGAUUAUGAGUUAUAUAUAACUGCCUUUUAUUACACUGUAACAACAAUAGUAACUGUAGGAUAUGGUGAUAUUACUGCGAAAACUGUAAGUGAAAAGUUAGUUUCAAUCUGCCUAAUGAUUAUUGGUGUUGUCUCAUUUUCCUAUGCAUCUGGAAUACUAACUAAUAUAAUCAAUAAUCAAGAUUCAAACUCUGCUGAGUUAGUGUAGAAAAUACAUACUCUAUAAGUGAUAAAAUAGAAAUAUAAAAUAAAGCCAGAGUUGAUUAAAAAAAUCAAGGAUUGGUUAAAAUAUUACCACUAAAAAACUCUUUUUGAUGUUACUGCUUUUAUGGAUGAUCUUCCAAAUGGACUGAAAACAAAAUUAGCUGUUGAAGCUAAUCAUUAACUCUGCGAUUCUAUUGAUUUCCUGAAAAGAUAAGACUAGCAAUUUAUUCUCUGGGUUUUUCCUCUCCUUAAACCAUUUUUCGUGCCAUAAUAUGACUAUAUCUACAAAGAUGGUGAUGAAAUAUUAGAAAUUUAUUUCUUGGAGAGCGGAGAAGCUGCAUUUGUUCUUUAAAAAUUCAUUGAUGACAUCUAUAUUAAUAUAGAAUAGGGUAAUUAUUUUGGAGAUAUUGACCUUAUUUAUGAUCCAAGAAUACUAGAAAGAAAAAGAUUAAAAUAGACCAACAUUUCAAGCUCAUCACAUUAAAGCGAUUAUACUAAAAGUAUCAUAUCUGAAAAAUAUUUUAAAAACAAAUAUUUCUCUUAAGAACUAGAAGAAAAUCCAACACCAUAAAGAAGUUAAUCUUCUAUUUCAAAGAGAAAAAGUUCCUACCCAGACCUAUAUUAAAAAAGUAAACAAAAGAAAAUCUAUGAAUCUGCCAAUUAAAACUAUUAGAAAAAAAGUUACAAGGAAAAUAAGAAUUAAAUUACUAAGAAUGAUCACUUGAAUAAAGAUAAUAAUACAGCGGAUUUAGGAGAAAGAGUUGAUAAAAUAGAAAUUUUAGUUAAAGAUUUGUUGAGUAAUGUUGGCAAAGUUUAUAAUGCUAUAAUAGAAAUAAGAGAUAAAGCAGUUUGA